UGUGGGUGACUUGACAGUAUAUAAUGUGUACUGUUUUUUUUAUUUAGAUGGGGGAGAGAUGCUGUCGGACAGGGGUGUGAUUAUGGGGGCUUGAUCUCUGAGCCCUGAGGCACUUAGUUUUAAUAGUAUGGUAAUAUUCCACCUGUCUUCUGAUCAAUCCAAACGGUUGUAGAAAAUGGCAGAAAAACGGAAAUAUAAGAGGCCGAAGUCAUACUAUAUUAAAUCAGCAAAUAAAAAGUUUAGGAAGAGUGGAAAUGAAUUAGACGCAGACAUGAAGGGUUUCCUGAUUACUUGCAAUCGGAAUGAAUUUGAGUGCAGGAAAGAUGCCUACCAGCUCCUGAAUGAGUAUGCUGAUAAGCUAUAUGGUCCCAUCCAAGACGAUAAAAAAGAUGAAAGUGGUGAAGAAGACUUUGACUUGGCCCUGAAGAAGGAAGUCGCAGAUUUGAAAGAAAAGAGGAAAUGGCGAUUCAAUGCUAUGAAAACUGGUACUAAUAGCGUCCUGUUUAUAUCAGCAGAGAUUGAAAAUCCAUGUGAACUUGCACAUCACAUCCUCACUGAUCUCCAGCAGACAAAGAAGCUGAAAUCACGCACCAUCUUGCGUCUCCUUCCCAUAACCGGCACAUGUAAAACCUACGAGGACAAGAUGGAGAAACUCGCAGAAGAAGUUGUGGCUCCACAUUUUGAGUUCAGUUGUAAAACUUACAUGUAUGUUGUUAAAAUCCGAAGCAAUAACGCUGUAAGUCGUGGAAGCAUUAUUAAGAUUCUGGACACGGUUAUUCGACGUAAUGAAGAUCUGAAUCAUCAAGUGAACAUGGAUGAUCCAGAUCUUGUGAUCCUCAUUGAAGUCAUCCGCAACAUCUGCUGCUUCAGUGUCAUCAAAGAUUACAAGAAAUUCAAGAAGUAUAAUUUGCAUUCCAUUGUAGAAGAACCAAAAAAAGAGAAGAAAGAUGAGGUGGAAGAUAAAACAGAAGGAAAUAAUUGCAGUCAAGGAGAGGAGAAAGGUCCUGCAAUUGAGAGUACACCAGCAGAGAUGGAGACAUCCACUGCAAUUCAUGAACCUGUUGAAGUGAAAGAAACAGAUGAGCAUUCAAAAACAGCUCUAAAUGUUGCUGGCGAAGACCUCAAUGAACCUGAAGCAGAUAAGAAUGCCAGUAUGUCUGUCAAGGUUACUGAUGACUGUGUUGAUGAUGUCUGCAAUCAUCCAGAGGCUACUGGUGAUGACAGCAAACAACCAGAUGGACACAAGAUUGAUGACACUGUAGGUGAUGAAAGCAAACCACCAGAGGGUGAUGCUGUUGUACUGUAGUUUCAAAAUAGUAACCAUGGUUUUUAGAGGCCAAGGAGAGAAAAGCAUCUUCAGGUUCUAAAAGUCCUUGUUGUGAUACAGUGUAAUUGGAAAGAGAGAAGAUGAUAUCCUCUGCCACAAUUUUCAGCAGAGAUUGCAGGACUACAUGCAGUCCCAAAUGCUAAAACUAUCACAGAAAUCAAUCAUAACUUGGGCCUACGUCACUGAUUAUUCGUUAAUGUUAAUAGCCAUUCUCAGUAAUCUUGUAUACUACCGGUACCUGCAUGCUUAGUGGAAAAAUAUAAUAAGUGGAUAAAGCGGUGUUAGGUUAGCACUAAGCUUUCGGACUAACUUAAUUUAAGUUAGCCUAUAAAAUGCUGUGGUGGUUUUAAUUUUAUACAUGAAGAAAUAUGUCACUUUUUUUUGCCCACGUAAUUAUGACGUUAUAACUAAGGGACAUUGUAACUUGGUCUGUACCAGUAAUCAAUCUUUUUUCUAAUGAAUUUUCUAAUUCUUAUGAAUGGAAAUUGAAAAAAAUUAAUCUUUAGCCUGCUCUCUUCAUACGGAUCUCUGUAAGCAUGUCAAGUUUAAUUGCAAUUCGUCCUUCAAUGUCACAGCCUUUAGGUAAAAACUUGAGGCAUUGUCAGUGACCUUUGACAUUCUAUGAAUAUUGAAAUAUAACAUGUAUUAUAAACUCAGCACAUUAAAUUUUAUAUAAAGAACAAUUUUUCUUUUCUGACCAUUUCUACUGUGGUGUGGUGUUACUGUAAUAUUAUACUAGAAAUGAAAUCAGAAUGGAUGCUCAUAAGUUUGUAAAUUAAUUUAUUAUCCAAAAUUUAUACACUCUUUAAAUUACAUUAAUCUAAUUGACCACAUACCUGAAAUGCAAAACAAAAUGGCAAGGAAUGAUUGUGAUUUCAAAAUAUUAUUACAGUAUUAUUAAUUUUAAGAAUACAUAAAAUAAAAUAUAAAGAGCAUUUUGAAUAAGUUCAGUAAUGCUCCUUAUAUUUAUAAUUGAACCCCCAAUACAAUGCACUGCUAACACA